AUGCGUCUUCAUCGAUAUGCUGGGGGUCGUCGUCGACUCAUCUCGGGCCGUGAUCGUGAAAUAUUCAAAGCCCUGUCCAGCCUGCGCCUGCGCGCAUCAGGCUUCCGCCUAGAGUCUCUCUUCUUGAGUCACGGAAAGAAGCCCGUCAAGCGUCGUGGCUUCAGACCCAAGGAGUCCUUCAUGGACCAGCACCAGCCGCUGUCUCAUCGCCCCAAACAGUCCUUGAGCAUCCCACAAGGGAAGCGAUACGUGUAUAAGCCCCUUAGAGAAGACAAGUGCGUUCGGUUCCUCACUCUUCAGCCGGGGUCAGGUUCUGACCCUUUAGUCGGGAGCCUCGAGUUCGGGAGCCUCGACCCGGCGGACCUUGCACAGCUUCCACCUUAUGAAGCCAUCUCGUAUGUAUGGGGUACUGGUGGUCGUCUCUUCGAGCUCAUAUGCGAUGGCGCCAUCCUGCCGCUGACGCAGAGCAUUCGCGAUGCGUUGGUGAGGGUUCGGCUGCCGGAUCGGCCUCGCCGACUGUGGGCGGACCAGAUAUGCAUCAACCAGGACGACAUUGCGGAACGGAGCCAGCAGGUGAAGCUCAUGAAUGCGGUGUAUAAGAAUGCCAGCAAGGUGCUUGUGUGGCUGGGGAGGGAUGUAGACGGUGUUGCUGCGGAUGCGGUGCGAAUGGUGCAUUAUCUGGAUGGUGUGUUCAAGGAUGACAAGGCUCAUGAGAAGUUCAAAGUUGAUCACGAGGAGAAUCUGGUGAUGCAGAGCUCGGAGCGUUGGAUCCCUCUGUCAAAGCUGACCAAGCUGCCUUGGUUUCACCGAAUAUGGAUUGUUCAAGAGAUUGGAACUACCGCCCCGGCGACUCUAUACUGGGGAGACACCGAGAUGGACUGGGACAUGCUCUCCUUUGUCGCCGGGAUCCUCAACGAGAGAUACCACCACCUACGCACGCGCUUCUUCAUUGGCACCUCCAACAUCCGCUACCUUCACAAACGCUUCGUCGAGCCAGACGUGGAAUACGACCAGUUCCACAACAGAGGCAACUUUGCCUACGAGCUUCACCGCGCCAGGCACCUCCUCGCACAAGACCCUCGCGACCACGUGUACGCCUUCUUGGGCCACUUCUCCCUCGGCAAGGGCAGCGAGGAGCUACAAAGCCUCGUGGUGGACUAUUCCAAGAGCAUCGAGGAAGUGUAUUUCGACGUUGCGGUGAGGGGCCUCCGCGGAGCCAACGAUCUCGUCAUGUUGGCCGCGACGCAUCACAGCCGGCCCAACGGGAAGAGGCGAGCGCCGGGGAACGAGCAGGAAGCGGACUUGCCAUCGUGGGUUCCCGACUGGAGGGACUUGCCGAUGCAUAUUCUGGGUUCGCCUGCGGUGCCGCAUCGGGCGGCGAAGGAUACCAGGCCGGAUCUCACCAUUGAUGAGGACAGACGGAUCCUGCAUGCUCGUGGUGUUAGGGUCGAUGUCGUGGAGAGGCAUUCGUGGACGAUUUACGGGACGGCGUUUCAGGUGCGGCAGGACGAUCACGGGCCGAAGAAGAAGUGGUGGAAGCAUCGUCCAAGGGAGAAUAGUCAGGCCAGCGACCAUCAGUCUCAGCCUCAAUCCCGGAAUCAAAGUAAUGAUAUUCGCUCGCCCAGCAGCAGCAGCACCUCAAGAGGGGGCAAGAAUACAAAUACCACGAGAGGCAGCAGCAACUACCACCGCGGCCGCAACUCUCAUCAACGACGAAACAGCCAAAGCGAACAAUCCGGCUCUCGCACACACCCCAUGGAAGUCCUCUGGAAGCACAUCUGCGGCUACCAAACCUUUACCCUCUCACGCAUAUACCCGCCCUUUCUCAAGGACCCUUGCUCGUCUCCCUCUCCGUCCCCGUCCAUCCCCACGACCUCGCACGAUCACCACAAGUCCGCCUUCUUCGCCCUCAUCCAGACCCUCACCAACGCCUGCACCGGCAUGGACCGCUCGCGGCCUUACUCGUCCAUUUCGCCGGAUGAAUGGCUCGCCAGCGGAGCAGCCUAUCUCGUGCGCUCUGCACUGCCCGCGUCUUCAUCUUCGUCUUUAUCGCCUUCGCAGACGUUUCCCUCUUUCUCUUCCCAACACUCAGAAAGCAACAACAACAAUAACAUCACUUAUAACAGCAGCAACAGCAGCAACAACAGCAACAACAGCAACAACAGCAGCAACAACAGCAACAACACCACUAAUAACAACAAAAACGUAAUGUCCAACUUCUUCGAGAGAGCAAACUCCCUCGCCUCGUCAUCACACACCCCCAUCUCCCCCGCCAUCCACGCCCUCUCCCUCACCGGCGACCCCUUCAAAUGGAGCCACGAAGCCACCCUCAUCACCCGCUACCGCCGCUUCGCCGUCACCCGCAACGGCUACUUCGUCCUCGGGCCCGACGCCCUGCAGGAAGGCGACGUCGUGGCCGUGCUGCGCGGCGGCAAGACGCCCUUUUUGCUGCGCGAGGUGACGGACGGCAGUGGCAGCGGCAGUGGCUGGAUCCUCGUCGGUGAGUGCUAUGUGCAUGGGUUGAUGGAUGGGGAGGGCUGGGAUGUGGAGGGGGCGCAGGAGGAGGUGUUUUCGAUACGAUAG